AUGUCCCACGCUGCUUUAACUUGGCUUACCUGCCUCAACACCACUGAGACUCCAGACAAAGUGCUCCGUCGUUCCUCAAUUAUCGGUACCAUUGGUCCUAAGACCAACUCUGCCGAAGUGAUGGUCAAGUUGAGAAAAGCCGGUCUUAACAUUGUGAGAAUGAACUUCUCUCAUGGAUCGCACGAGUAUCACCAGUCGGUCAUUGACAACGCCAGAAAGUCGGAGGAGUUGUAUCCUGGUAGACCAUUGGCCAUUGCCUUGGAUACCAAGGGUCCUGAGAUCCGUACUGGUACCACCGUGGGAGAGAAGGAUUACCCAAUUCUUCCAAACCACGAAAUGAUUAUCACUACUGACGAUGAGUACGCGAAGAAAUGUGACGACAAAAUCAUGUACGUCGACUACAAGAACAUUACUAAGGUCAUCGAGACUGGAAAGAUCAUAUAUGUAGAUGAUGGUGUGCUUUCGUUUGAAGUUGCUGAAGUUGUUGACUCCAAGACCUUGAAGGUCAGAUCUGUCAAUGCCGGUUCCAUCUCGUCUCACAAGGGUGUCAACCUCCCUGGCACCGACGUUGAUCUUCCUGCUCUUUCUGAAAAGGACAAGAACGAUAUCAGAUUCGGUGUCAAGAACGGCGUCCACAUGAUCUUCGCUUCGUUUAUUCGUUCCGGAGACGAUAUCAAGGCCAUUCGUGAAGUCCUUGGUGAAGAUGGAAAGGAUAUUCAGAUCAUUGCCAAGAUCGAGAACCAACAAGGUGUGAACAACUUUGAUGAUAUCCUUGCCGAGACCGACGGUGUCAUGGUGGCCAGAGGUGACUUGGGUAUUGAGAUUCCAGCUCCUCAAGUGUUCGUCGUUCAAAAGCAGUUGAUUGCCAAAUGUAACUUGGCUGCUAAGCCUGUAAUUUGUGCUACCCAAAUGUUGGAGUCCAUGACCUACAACCCAAGACCAACCAGAGCCGAAGUCAGUGACGUCGGUAACGCUAUCUUGGAUGGUGCUGACUGUGUCAUGUUGUCUGGUGAAACUGCCAAGGGUAACUACCCAUUUGAGGCCGUCUCGAUGAUGCACAACACUGCUAUCAUUGCUGAAAAGGCUAUUGCUUACCAGCCAUUGCACAAUGAAAUCAGAGCUUUGGCCAAGAAACCUACUCCUACCACCGAAACUUGUGCAAUUGCUGCUGUUUCCGCUGCCUACGAGCAAGAUGCCAAGGCCAUUGUCGUCUUAUCUACUUCUGGUUUGACUUCAAGACUCGUGUCCAAAUACAAGCCUAAUGUUCCAAUUAUGAUGGUUACCAGAAACGAGAGAGCUGCUAGGUAUUGUCACUUGUACAGAGGUGUCUACCCCUUCGUGUACACUAAGGGUAAGGUUGAAAACUGGCAAGAGGAUGUAGAGAACAGAUUGAGAUGGGCUGUUUCGGAAGCCAUCGAUUUGGGUAUUAUCAAGAAGGGCGACUCAAUUGUUACUAUUCAAGGAUGGACUAGAGGCUCUGGUCACUCCAACACCGUCAGAGUCGUUCAAGCUUAG